GAAGUGUUUCCGGGCGACGGGACAGGUUCGUCAAAUCCUCUGCAUGGCAUGGUUGACAGCAUAGCCGACGAUUCAGACGGGGAACUAGGGCGUCCUGUUUAAUAUCAGGCUGUAAUAAAUGUUAAACUGUCAGAGUAAGAAGUAAUUAAACUUGUUCCGGUCGUUUCAGCAGCUGUCCUCUUUCUCCGGGAGCAGAUUUUCCUUCCUUGUCAUUGCUCGAGUUAGCUGACUAACGCUCGUUGCUCGGUGAAAAUGGCGGAACCAGCAGAGAAGAGUCUGGACGAUUUCUUUGCCAAGAGGGAUAAAAAGAAGAAGAAAGAGAAAGUAAAGGGGAAGGAGCCCGCCACCGGGUCCUCCACGACGGCUGUGGUGAAAAAGAUGAAGAAAGAGAAGGAAAAAUCGUCUAAAAACGAAAACCAAGACGCGCAAGUUGAAAAGGACGAGGAAUGGAAAGAGUUUGAGCAGAAAGAAGUGGACUACAGUGGGCUUAGACUCCAGGCGCUACUGAUGAGUGAUGAAAAGGAUGAAGAGGAAUAUGAGAAAGAGGAGAUAGGGGAGGAUGGAGAGAUCAUUCUGGUCAGUGGAGACAAAGUAUCUGGUCCCUGGAACAAGUCUGGUGGUGCUCCUCCUGCCGCUGCGCCUGUAGAGGAAGAAGAGUUGCCUGAGGUGAAGCCUGCUGGUGUCUACAGACCUCCUGGAGCUCGACUUACCCCCAGCAGACGAGGCCCCAGCCAGGGCCCUCCUGAGAUCUUCAGUGACGCACAGUUCCCCUCCCUACUGUCCACCGCCAAGCACGUUGAGACACGCAAGGACAGAGAAAUGGAGAAGACCUUUGAGGUUGUGAAACACAAGAGUCGUGGUCGGGAAGAAACCAGCGGCGCUUCCAUUCAGCACCUGCAACUCGACAACCAGUACGCCAUCCUGGGGGACAAGUAGAGCUGCUUCCCUUCGUCCCCUGGCCCCUCCAGCACGGUCCUGCUCAGCUCAUUUAGGGAAGCUGAACUCCAGCGGUGUGGACUGCAGUCCUAAGAGCUCCUCCUGCCACCAUCAUCACACACACACACUCGGUCAUACACAAGAACCCCUGCAGCGACUCCCUUUAAAUAACACCGUUUGUCAUCGAAACUGAAGGACUGCAUCUGAAGGGGCCGACUUAAAAGAUAAGAACCGAACCAGAAAAAGCCAAAUCAAUCCGAACAUGCGACGCUGCAGCAGCAACGAGGGGAGGCGUAGAGAUCCUUUGUGGACUGUGCUCAGGGCAGCAGUUGUGCAGCGCAACUUCUCUCUGGACUUCGACAAAGCCACAGAGGAUCAGAGACGGCGAUUUUACAAACUUCUGUGAAAAUACCCAUUUUCGUUUUGCAAGACUACAACCCUGUCGCGCGCGGUUCUUUAGAGGUGUGUGUUUGAGUUUUGGUUGGGGCUUGUUCCUCAGCAGCAUGGCUGGUGGUGACAACGUGGACUGAGCUUUUCUUGUCUUGCUGUGGUGGUAAAAGGGGACUACAGCCAACCUCCACAUACAAGUUGGCCUUCAGGCUCUUUAAUUUAGAAACUUGAAGCGUUGUUUUUCAUUCAUGUGCUGAUGAUGACACUGCAGAACAAGAAGCGAUAGGUUGUGUUAUCAUUUAGAAUAUACUCCAUAAAGUGGCCUUACUCAUGGGGAAACUGUCAUCUGAGGUGUCUGAUAGGCCGUUGCCUGCAUCUUUGCACCACUUUGUGGAAUAAAAGAGAAAAAUAUUUGAAAAAAAAAAGCAGGAAUGUAGUUUGUUGUAGUUUGCCUGAUGAUUACAGCUACUAACUGUUUUCAAAUCCACUGUUUGGUUUAAUUUUCUCUUCAAACAUCUAAAAUAAUAAUCAAAGCUUGUU